GGCGCGAGACAAGAAGAUUAUUAGUACACGCGCAGUUGGGGGGGGGAGAGGGAGCGCGAGAGAGGUUCAGAGACUUGACAGUAGUUUGUUCCCAGGGUGAGAGGAGGAGCAGCCCACUAGUCUGUGCCUGUAGCCGCUCAGACAGACACUCCUCCCGCCGCCAGUAGAGCCUGUUACAGCCUCCAGGAGGUGAGUGCAGGUUUACAGUUCUUGGGAGCAGCUUUAUCGGACCGAGACUUCUUUUUUCUUAAUUCAGGAAGAAGCGAAGGGAGUGAAAGUCAUGGACCAAAGAGGAGAACUGAAAAGAAGUUAGCGCCUGUAGUAAAACAACCUUUGGAGAAACGACUCAGAGAGAAGAAGUAGUGUCCGGAGAGGAAAGAGGAACAGGAUGGGGAUGGAUUUCAGCACUCUUCGGACCCUCAUCAGCAGAUAUUGUGUUGGUGAGGAGAACUGGGUCGACAGCAGGACCAUUUACAUUGGACACAAGGAGCCUCCUCCAGGAACUGAGGCCUUUAUACAACAAAGAUUCCCUGACAACAGAAUAGUCUCCUCCAAGUAUACAUUUUGGAACUUCAUCCCAAAGAAUAUGUUUGAGCAGUUCAGGAGAGUCGCCAACUUCUACUUUCUCAUCAUAUUUCUGGUUCAGUUGAUCAUCGACACUCCCACCAGUCCCAUCACCAGCGGACUGCCGCUUUUCUUUGUCAUCACAGUCACCGCCAUUAAACAGGGUUAUGAGGACUGGCUGAGACACAAAGCAGACAACUCUGUCAACCAGUGUCCUGUCCAUGUGGUGCAGCACGGGAAAGUGGUCCGCAAACAAAGUCGCAAGCUCAGGGUUGGAGACGUUGUCUUGGUGAAGGAAGAUGAGACUUUUCCCUGCGAUCUCAUCCUUCUGUCCACGUCUCGAGAUGAUGGGACCUGCUACGUUACUACAGCCAGUCUGGACGGAGAGAGCAGCCACAAGACUUACUAUGCAGUUCAGGACACAAAAGCUCACAGCACAGAGGAGGAGGUUGACUCCAUCCACGCUACUAUAGAAUGUGAACAGCCACAGCCGGACCUGUACAAAUUCGUGGGCCGUAUCAACAUCUACAUGGACAACGAGGCGGUGGCUAGACCGUUGGGAUCGGAGAACCUGCUGCUCCGAGGAGCCACACUCAAGAACACAGAGUUCAUCUAUGCGGUUGCCAUCUACACUGGCAUGGAAACCAAGAUGGCCCUCAACUACCAGUCCAAGUCUCAGAAACGGUCUGCAGUGGAAAAGUCAAUGAAUUCGUACCUGGUGGUCUACCUGUGCAUCCUCAUCAGCAAGGCCCUCAUCAACACGGCGCUGAAAUACGUGUGGCAGGCAGACCCCAACAGAGACGAGCCCUGGUACAACGACAGGACAGAAACAGAGAGACAGAGACACAUUGUGAUCAGGGCGUUCACAGACUUCUUGGCCUUCAUGGUUCUUUUCAACUACAUCAUUCCUGUCUCCAUGUACGUCACCGUGGAGAUGCAGAAGUUCCUCGGCUCUUAUUUCAUCAUGUGGGAUGAUGAGAUUUUUGACGAGGAGCUGGGAGAGAGAGCCGUGGUCAACACAUCGGACCUGAACGAGGAGCUGGGACAGGUGGAGUAUGUGUUUACUGACAAGACGGGGACUCUGACAGAGAAUAACAUGGAGUUCAUAGAGUGCUGUGUGGACGGACACGUUUAUGUGCCUCAUGCUAUCUGUAACGGACAGUUGAUGCCUGGUGCAGCCGGUAUGGACAUGAUUGACACAUCACCGGGUCCUGAGGCCAGGGUGCACGAGGAGCUGUUUUUCCGGGCGCUGUGUUUGUGCCACACGGUGCAGGUGAAGGAGGAGGAGACGGUCGAUGGGAUCAAGCAUGGCAUCCACCAGGGCAAGUCCACUUCCUUCUACAUCUCCUCAUCUCCAGACGAGGUGGCACUGGUGGAAGGCAUGAAGAGGCUCGGUUUCACCUAUCUGAGACUCAAGGACAGUCACAUGGAGAUCUUGAAUAGAGAGGAUGAGAUUGAGAGGUUUGAGCUGCUGGAGGUUUUGACAUUCGACUCAGUCAGACGAAGGAUGAGCGUCAUUGUCAGGGCCAGCACUGGUGAGCUGUAUUUGUUCUGUAAAGGUGCAGAUUCCUCAAUCUUCCCCAGGAUUAUAUCAGGCAAAGUGGAUCAGGUCAAAGCUCGAGUGGAACACAACGCAGUGGAGGGUCUGAGGACACUUUGUGUUGCCUAUCGGCCUCUGACUCCUGAACAGUACCAGGAGGUUUGCCACCUGCUGAACGGGGCCAAAUUGGCUCUACAAGACCGAGACAAACGGCUGGCCGAGGCUUACGACAUCAUCGAGAAAGACCUGAUCCUGCUGGGAGCCACUGCUGUGGAGGACAGGCUCCAGGAAAAAGCGGCAGACACCAUCGAGUCUCUCCACAAGGCAGGUAUGAAGGUGUGGGUGCUGACUGGCGAUAAGAUGGAGACGGCGGCCGCGACGUGCUAUGCCAGCAAGCUGUUUCACCGCAACACCCAGAUCCUAGAGCUGACCACCAAACGCACAGAGGAGCAGAGUCUUCACGAUGUCCUGUUUGACCUGAGCAGGACCGUCCUGAGGCAGCACGGAAACAUGACCAGGGACACUUUCUCUGGUUUUUCAGGUGACUGUACUGACUACGGUUUGAUCAUCGAUGGAGCCACCCUCUCCGCGGUGAUGAGGCCCACCCAGGAGGACUCAAACUCAGGGAACUACAAAGAGAUCUUCCUAGAAAUCUGCCGCAACUGCAGCGCCGUGCUCUGUUGUCGAAUGGCGCCGCUCCAAAAAGCACAGAUUGUGAAGCUGAUCAAAACCUCCGAGGAGCACCCGAUCACGCUGGCUGUUGGAGACGGAGCUAAUGAUGUCAGCAUGAUCCUAGAGGCCCACGUUGGCAUCGGUAUCAUGGGUAAGGAGGGUCGUCAGGCGGUGAGGAAUAGUGACUACGCCAUCCCAAAGUUCAAACACCUCAAGAAGAUGCUGCUUGUCCACGGACACUAUUACUACAUACGCAUCUCUGAACUCGUGCAAUACUUCUUCUACAAGAAUGUCUGUUUCAUCUUCCCCCAGUUCCUCUACCAGUUCUUCUGUGGCUUCUCACAACAGCCGCUGUAUGAUACAGCCUACUUGACUCUGUACAACAUCAGCUUCACCUCGCUGCCCAUCCUGCUCUACAGCCUAAUCGAGCAGCACAUUAACAUGGACAUUCUGAAGAAGGACCCGUCUCUCUAUAGAGACAUCGCUAAGAACUCUUUACUACGGUGGCCCAUCUUCAUAUAUUGGACUGUCCUAGGCGUGUACGACGCCAUUGUGAUGUUCUUCGGUGCUUACUUCCUGUUUGACAACACCACCUUCACCAGCAACGGACAGCUAAUGACAACCAACACACAGAUGAUGUUUGGAAACUGGACAUUUGGGACGCUGGUCUUCACUGUGCUUGUCUUCACUGUUACAUUCAAGUUGGCUCUAGAUACUCAUUAUUGGACUUGGAUCAACCAUUUCGUCAUCUGGGGCUCGCUGAUUUUCUUUGUGGUCUUCUCUCUGCUGUGGGGUGGAAUCAUCUGGCCCUUCCUCAACUACCAGAGGAUGUACUAUGUGUUCAUGCAGAUGUUGUCCAGUGGUCCGGCCUGGCUCAGCAUAAUCCUUCUGAUAACAGCCAGUCUGCUGCCAGAUGUGGUGAAGAAGGUUAUCUGUAGGGCGAUGUGGCCCACAACUACUGAACGCAUACAGAACGCUGAUAAACUCUACAAGGGCCAGCUGUCCGAGUUCACCCCCCUGGCGUCUCUCCACGCCCCAUCAAAGGCCGGCAGCCACCGGCGAGGCUCGGGCACCCAAAGGAACGCUCCGAACCCUCGAAGGUCUGAACCCUUUAGCAAGAAAAUCAUGUUCACACGCUGGCAAAGUACACCAGACUACUGCACCUUCACCCCCCUCCUCCGAUUUGCCGAUGGCUCCCGCCACUCAAAGCAGGGACACGCCUACAGUGGGGCGGGGCCAGAGACCUCGGUCUAAUUUAUUUCUGUCCGGUUCCUGUUCUUAUAUUCUAAUAUUAGAUACAACUUGGAGUUGAACUGAACGGAGCAGUAAUUCUAAUGUUUUGCGGAGCUGACGAGGUCACUGCUAGCAGAGCUGCAAAGUUACACAAAAGUAACUUAAACUCCUUUAUUUAUGUUACUGAGCUGGGAGUCAAAUAAUGUUUGAUAUCUGUAAUCCAUCUGGAAGGGAUUACAACGAAAGUGACCUUCACCACUGUUCCCAAGUCAGCAGCCAAGUAUGGCACAAAGCACUAUGGGAGGGCUCUGGAAAAGGACUCCACCCACAGGGCCUCGCUCGCCGCUACAACGUGCAAAGGGCUCAGUGUAUUGAUGUCACAACAAACAGACUCUUUGAUUUCUUAAACCAUAUUGUGUCACACUGAAAGUAUGUGCACUGGCCCUUUAUGUCUGCCUGCUUUGGUAGCUGGCAGCUGAAGUGUUCGUCACUCCAGUUCAUAGGAUUUAUAUGACUUUUUAAAAAAUGGCGAUAAUCAGGAUGUGUUGUGUGAUGCUGCUGCUGAUUAUGUUGAUGAUGAUGAUGAAGACAGUAACAGUACUUAAGCCAGCUCGAGCUUUCUCUGACCAAGCAUGUUCUUUUUCUUCAUUCCUACCAUCCCUCUUUCUUUCUUUUCUGUCUGUCUGUCUGUUUGUUCCGCCUCUCUUUAGGACUAACUGGUGUUGCCUGUGUGCAAACCUAUUAUCUCGAAACACUCCCUAGGACUCUGGGGUCAGAUCCAACAACAUUGUAAGGAGGGGUGUAGUAGAGCAGUGAAGUGUUGGACAAGUGGAUCUCAGAUGGUCUUUUUUUCUUGUUUAAUUAGUCACUGUAUAUUAAGUCUAAAAGAAAAGAGACCAACUUUAGCUCCACAUUCAACACUUAAAGGUUCUAUAUGUAACUUUCAGAAAACUGUUGUCAACAGUGACACCAGUGGCUGUUAAGUGAACUGCAGUGUCCUAUUGCUGGUGCAGGCACUCCGUACAGACUUGUAGGCACGAACUAUGGCUAUGAGAACAUGAAAUGCUUUAGACUCUUACAUAUGGAACCUUUUAAGCUUUCUAGGUAAUGUAUUGUUUGGUGGGAUAGAUGUGUGUGUGCUGAUAGCUAGCAUUGUGUUAUUGUGUGUACGUUGUAUUCAUCUCUGCAGGAUCUCCUUUUGUCUUUUUGUCUUUUAAAGCACUUUAACUGUUCAUGUUAUAUUUAUCCACAAUGCCAUAUACAGACUGAUCAGUUUGUAUGGCAUGUUUUAGUGAUAGAAUCCAGUAGAAAUAGCUAUGUGAUGACUGCCUUGCUAUUUCUUAAUGCCUUAAUGUCACCUUGUAUAUCACAUUAUCCUCCACAGAGACCAUUUACCAAAGAAACAGAAAGACAAUAUGGCGUCCUUUUAACAGCUGAUAGAUAUACUGUAGUGCAGUGUGUCAAUGUACACACUCAUAGUUCUGUAAAACAGUUUAAAUGAAAGUGGACACUGGAAAGAAUAUGAAAAUAAAAAAUGAAUGUGUCGUUAAUAGGAUGGUAGAAAAAUGCAGCUCCAAUGCGGCUGAUGAUUUUUCCUCUACUAUUCUAGCUAACUUUUGCGUUCACUUUUCCUCAGAGCACCUUCAAGAUGAACAUACAAAACCUGUCCUUACUGAGAUAAUCACAACACAACAAUAAGAUUCUAUCAUCUGCCCCAAACUACGUGAUGCCUUAAAUAGACACACUUUUAAAAGAGAUUCAAUCAUUUGACAUAUAGCCAUUUAUUGAUGAGAGCACAGUUACGUGUCCAUUCAAGUCUCACCAGAAAUGAUGACUCCAGAUCGAUACCACUCUCAUGUCUGCAUGGAUAAAUAGGGAGCUGGAGCCAGAAGCAGGUUAGUGUAGCUUAGCAUAAAGAUUGGGAAUGCAGGGAAACUGCUUGCUCUGGCUCUGUCAGUAGGUAAAAAGAACACUGCUACCAACACUCUAAAGCAGCUCUGUACCUUGCGGUGUGUUUUUCAAAGUUAUAAACUGUUUCAUCACCUAAUGGAUCAGUAAAAUAAGGAAAGUCUGCCGAAAACAAAAUUAUUUUUAUGGAUCAAAUGGAAGAACUGUAUGUGCCCAAAGGAAAUUUGGGUGUCAGACAUGCAUACCCAUUCAUGUCACAGAUGUUUUCCUCCUAAUGGUGUCAACAAAAUAUAUUUGUAAGAUAUUUUAGUUUGCAGGUCAGCAUCUAAUAGCUCCGUGUUAAUGCUCUUAAAAAGCCUUAAGAUGGUGUUAGAAGAGUCUAAUGAGAUUCUCUACCUUAGAAAAAAAGACCUCUGCAGUGCAGUCUUUGAAUUCUGUUUCAACACUUAUCCUCUCUGUCCUUCUUUUUUAGCUAUCUCUCUCCUCUGUCUUCCUCUCAUUCUCCCUCUGGUGAAGUGAUGCUGACCUGGAAGUUUUCCUACCUCUGUCUGAGCCGCCUCCACCUGUCUGGUCAUCAUCAUUAUCCUCUUGUCUGUUCCCUUCUGCGUCUUCUCGGCCAUUCCCCCAUCCAUACACCCAUCCAUCAAUAAAUGAUUGUGAGACAGAAUAGAAAAGAUGUCUUGUACUCCACUUGUAACAGUACUUCUAUGAACCAAAGCCUUGUUGCUGCUAGAUACUUGUAGCUGCUUUACAUUAGGUGCCUUGUGAUAGUUUCUCUGUCUCUGCCAAGCUAUGUUUGCUUAAUUCAUGGUAAAUUUACGGCUAAUGUUAGGCAUUUGGAUCAUAUGAAGGCACUGCAGGUGAUGGAUGUAUGGGUGCGCAACUGGGGAGUGACUGAGAGAACGGAUAAGUAAGUGAAAAGGUGAAUGUUAGUUUUCCGUGGGUUAUACUGUCCAAGAAGACUUAAUCAGAACAAACACAGCAUUGAAAUACUACUGAUACACAAUCGAUGAACAAAUGAAUUACUUCUUGCACCAAAACAUUCAACAACUUGUGUUUAAUAUCUGUUUUUUUAUUCUGAAUGUUUUAUAUAUUCUGUCCCGGAGGGCAUCUGUCUCUCAACUGUUAUUUUUACUGUUUUCUAUAUCAUGUGUAAAAUUCCCCUUUUACCACAAUAAGAGUGAAGGUCUCACUCAGUGGUCAGAGCACACUGGAAAGAAAUCAGUCGGAUGUGAUGUUUAAUGAGAUAGAAAACUUGAAGAGCUCCAGCUGUGUUUGAUCGAUCAACUGCAGUCGAUCAAUGUUACAAAGUAAGAUUUUGUCUUUAAUGUUCUGCGUAUGUUUCAAUUUAUUUAAAUGUGUCUGAUUCGCUUCUCAAUAUUCUGGUUUUCUAAUGCAAUAUUUAUAUAGAAUAUUAAAGCGGUAAAGCAAAGGGGUUCUUAUACUGUUGGACUCUGUGGUGCAUUCUCUGAUUUGCACAUUAAAGGGUCACUUCACCCAAAUUACAAAAGAAAAAAAAACCCCAGAGAAAUAGUCCCUAUGGAAACAACAUAAUAUCUAUAAUAUAUAAUAACACUCACAACCUGGGAAAAUAAAACCAAAACUGUUUGCAUUGCUUCUAAGUGAGUGAGAAAAUACUGCAUGUUUUUUUUUUCCUGUAAUUUGAGUGAACUGACCCUUUAAUGUUCUUAAUACUCUGAAUGUAAUCAACCUCCUACUUAAUGUCUGAAUCCAAAUGAGUUUUUGACAGAUACAGGUUCUUGAAGGGAGAUUUUUUUCAACCAAAACUGUGCCAGUAUACAGCAUCUUGUAAUUUGACCAUGUUUUCCCAUCUGAAUCUAUAAGUAAUGAGACAAAAGUCUGAGUAAUUGUUCAGUAAAAUACCCCCAGAUAAAAAAAACUACAACCUAAUGUUCAGUAUCUGAGUGCAGACAGACACGUUGGUCCUGUCAGAGGUGGCUGAUGGUUCGUAACUCUUUAAUGAGCCGGUAUCCAUUAAUUAUGUAUAUGUGUGUGUGUGUGUGUGUGUGUGUGUGUGUGUGUGUAUGACCACAAUUUGCUCAGAAUGAAUUAACGCAGCGAUUACCUUGCUCUGAUGAGUAUAAUCAAACAAAAAUUGAAAUAUUGCCUUUGCGUGUAAAUGACCCAUUGUGACAAAUGUGGCCUCAGAGCUCCAGCCAUGUGGUUGUGCAUAAGUAUUAGAAUUAAAUGUGAUGUAUAAUCCCUCCAUCACAAUCGAGAAUCACUUACUGGAAAUGGGCUCCUUCUACCCACGAAGUAAUCCACACAUCCUUUGUUGUGGGAUACAAUAGAAUCACCUCUUUCUGAAUGACUUCUGUCUUUUGGAGAAUUAUCAGAAUAUCCUAAUUAUUGCCAUAGUCCAUUUCUCUAUGAGAGAUCAUCUGUCCAAGAGAUAGUCAGGUACCUCAGAAAACUGUGGAAUCCACAUGAAUCAAUUAAAAUAACCCCAGUUACUGUAGUGCUUCUUGUAUGUAUGUUAGAGAUCUUCUCUUCUUUUUUUUUUUUACUUCCUGGAGACAGUAUUUGAUGUGUGUCUUAUUUAUGUAGAAGAGUAUUUGAACAACCGAACUGAGUUGUGACAAAUCGUGUGUGUGUGUGUGUGUGUGUGUGUGUGUGUGUGUGUGUGUGUGUGUGUGUGUGUGUGUGUGUGUGUGUGUGUGUGUGUGUGUGUGUGUGUGUGUGUGUGUGUGUGUGUGUGUGUGUGUGUGUGUGUGUGUGUGUGUGUGUGUGUGUGUGUCUUUAAAGAUUCAAAGAAAAGAGAUUUCUGUGGUGUUAGCUCAGUUACACCCCUGCACUGAUCCGUCUUGUCUGAUGAUUGACACUUUGCUGUAGAAACUUUCAAAGCCAUUAACGGUGGAUUUAAGGUCUUACGGUACCAAUCACUCUUGUCCUCACUGUCCUGAUCUUUCAAGACCACCUAAACUGACAGCCUUCGAACAGAAUGUUAUCUUUCUCUUUUACAAUGUAUUACUGUAUAGCGUCUAUAUUUCUCAUAACCACCCAGUAUCUAUAAAUUGCUGUACGCUCAGAUGCAGUAUAUACAUAAAUCUAUAUAUACAAUAUAUAAAUGUAGUUAUGUUAAUUGAUGUACAGUUUUGGGGUCUUUUUAUAUACAGUUUUUAACAGAGUCAUAUCAAGAUUUACUUGUGGAUUUUUGCCAACAUUUCUGUAGCUAUCAACGGCAAACAACUGUACAUGUGCUUGGAAAUAAAAGCCAGAAGUGGAAAUCUAAAAA